AUGGACUCAUCGAAGCGCGUGGCGGACGCCAAGGCGCCGCGCAAGGAGGCGCCGGCCGCGGACAUGAAGCGCCUGCAGAAGUUCUACGCGGCCGACCGGCCACCGCGCAAGCGGCUGCGCACGCUGCUGGACUUCCUCAAGCACCCGCCGGGGGCGGAGGGGGCCUCGGGCGGCGGGAACAUCGCCGUCGCCGUGCAGUCGCUGCUCUCCGGCGCCUCCAAGGAGGCCGCGGGCGCUGCCAACACGGGCCCGGAGCACGCCGCCGCCGUGGCCGACUUCUGGUCCGACGCCAACAACAGCACGCUCGUGUUCGGCGUCGUGAACGACUGCGUCACGGAGCUCGAGACGCUCUACACGCCCCACGAGACGGCGUUCCGCAAGCAGCGCCGCAAGCCGCUGGAAGCCGAGGACUGGAGCGAGGUGUUCGAGGGGCUGGAGGUGCUGCUCCGCAACAACGCGGCCAGACUGCGGGAGGGCUGGAACAACAACGGCCUGACGAUGCUGUUCGCCAAGCUGCUCAAGAGGGACAACCACUCCAUGAUCAAGAAGUACGCGUUUCGGUGCUUGGCGCUGUACACGGACGCCACGAGGAACAUCCAGCAGCUGUCGGCCAUGCCGUCUACGAGCACGUCGAGCUUCCAGGCCUCGAGAGCGGGCAGCAUCCGGCUGAUGAGCGACGGCAUCGAGAUCGACAUCGACGAGGACGAGGGCGACGCUCGGGGCACGGCCAUGCUCUCACACGCCAUGCCCAACAGGAAGAACAUGCAUCUGGAGCUGCUGAGAGAGAGUGUUGACUUCUCUCCCUAUGGAGGUGGCAGCAUCAUGCUGCCCGACAAGUUUUUGAACGAAGGAGUGCACGUGGAAGGGUGGAUGAGGCCCAUGCCGACGCAGGCGGAGGAGCCCGUGGAUAUGCUGAAGUUUCUGAUGGACUUGAGUUUGGAGAGGGAAGAUGGGCAUGCGAAACUGGCGCCCUUGUCGGCUACUGGCAAGCCGAGUGGGAGCAGCGACAGGUUCAUUUUCUGGGCAGAGCUGAUUAUGAAGUUCUACAUGCCGUUGCUGUACCCGAAGGUGUGCCUCAAGGUCAAGCUGAAAGAGGAGGGGGACACGCUGGGAUUUUUCCACCACUGCCCCGGAAGCUUCCAGCGAGUUGUGGCGCGGUGGGUGUACAAGUUGCGUUCGAAGGAGGACUUUAUGGAGGUGCUGUGGUCACGACGCGAGUUCUCUGAAGUGAUUAUGGAAACGAUCCGCCAACGAUUUGCCUAUCGCGACACAGAGCUGGUGGUGGAUGCGAUUAAAUUUUACUCUGGAAUCUGCACUGGGGCGCAGUAUGUCCCGUCCGGAAUGAAAGCGCAGAUGAACGAGUGCUCUCGCGCGAUGAUUUCGCAUGUAUCGCAGCUCUUUCACCCGUCGGUUCAGUUGGAUGACUCGAAGAUUUUGUUGCACUGCAUCGAACUAUUGGAGCUCGUUUCCCAGCGACGGCUAGAUGAUUACACUUCCACAUACCUUCGGAAGUUCGUGCUAUCUACUAUCGACAACUGCACCAUACUGCGCGAUCCAAGUAACCGCCCCGUUCUUACAGCAAUGCUUUCGAUUGUACUGCACGUGUGGAUGCACUCGGCGGUAGUCGCGAAGGCCACAGGUGCACAGAUGUGGAUGGAACUUACUAUUGCCAUUCGGCGAUGGCUUGUCAACCCUGGGGACGCUAAGGUUGUCGGGGUUGAAAUGAUCAACUGCUGGAAGCGUGAGCUCCGAUUUUCAAGCUGUUUGCUGAUGUACGUCAUGGACAAGGGCUACUCAUAUCUGAAAGUCACGCCGGAAGGAGCUAUGCUGCUACCUCAGAACGGUGCCGGUGGAAAGGAUGAUAAGAAAUCAUCGGUGCUGUUCUCGUUGAAUCUCGAAGGCCUCAACAUCCUCGUACCCGCCUAUUUGUAUGCGGUCGAUGAGAUCAUUAUUGGCAACAUCUGGAGUCGUGCAGAGAAGUCUAAGGUCAAGUCGUCGGAGUGGAAUAAUGAGCUGAACGCAGCACUUGAUGUGGUUUUCGCUAUCUUGGAAUUGCCCAAAAGGUUCCCCGAUCAAGAUUUCGUGCGGUGGAGACAAAAAAUUCAGGGCGUGUGCGGUAUUGACGAGAUCAGUUUGAUGCAGGACAUCAUUGAUGAAAUUCCGGAGACAUUGGAUGAGUUUCACGUGAUUAUUGGUCGUAUUCUGGUUCGCAUUGCCCAGCUCCCGUUUACAGACGUCGUGGAUAUUAAAAAGCGUGCACUGUGGGGGAUUUACUGUCUCGUCGUCAUGAACCUGAAGCCAAGCAUGAAUGGUGGGCACGCCGUGGAUCCAAUUCAUCUAGCUGAAUGGGUUGUGCAUCUCGUGGAUGUAUGUCAAAACAUGGAUUUCUCAAUUUCGAUGGCAGCACUCUCGAUUUUGCAAGACAUGUCCGACUACCACGAGGAAAUUAACGCGUUUGAGCCUUCCCUGGUCGCGCGGAUUGUCAUGACGCUGGCAGUGUUUGCUCAGCAGCAAGUUGAAGAGGCUUCCAUCGAGGUUCAGGCGGCAAUGGAGCGUAUGGGUGCUGCUGAUACUGCAAGUGAACACAGUGGCUCAGGCACCAAGUCUGCCUCCUUCACAGGAUCCAGUCUCACAGGUGGCUCUCACGUUUCAGGCCCCAGUGGAGGGGCUCGUCGUGGAAGCGACAAUCCUAGGGCGAGUCGAGUUGAGGGUUCAAUAGCCAGUAAUCCCGGUGAAGCGACAGACGCGUUUAGCAAGCUGAAGAGCAAGCUGAAGCCUGGCGCCCCUAACGCCCCUGCCUCUGCUCCAUCACCCGUGACAAACAGCCCAGUAGGCGAAGCAACGUCUGUAGCUGCGCAAAAAGAACAGGAAAUCCCGGCUCUUCGAUUGAUUGUGCAGAAGACCAGCGCGAUAUUUGAAUGCCUGCGCUUUUGGCUCAUGCAUCGAACGGAGGUUUUACAAGACGCUGACGUAAAGAAAUUGAUCUUCAGCGCUAUCGAGGCGGCGUUGGUGGGUACGCUGCCUGAUGGUGAAUGGCAACGCGAAGUUGAACGUGCUCGUACGCUUGAGCGACGCAUGUCGAUGCCGCUUCUAUUCCUGGGAUUGCAAAUGCGCGCAUCAUUGAAUAAUGAGCCAGGUCAUGCCGGGUUGAAGUGCUUUGAAGAGACUGCUGUGGCUGCCGAAGGACUGCUGAUGCACUUAUUACACCACAUCAAUGGAUUCCCGUCAGCUGCAGGGGUUGAUCAGAUGGUGUCCGACUGCUCUGAACUCACCGAGUUGGAUGCCUCACGCGAUAAUGGAGAAGACGAUUCACCGCCUGCGGCGUUGAGCUUUGUGUUCAUGGACUCGAUCGUGUUUAGCGUUGUGGGCAGUUUAGACUCACCGUGCGCGCGGUUUAUCGUACGCGAUAUGACUGGGCUUUUCACGUGGGAGAUAACACCAGGUGUGAUGCCACGUGGUGGGCAUUCACUAACAAGUUGGAUCGGCGCGGGUUCUGCUGGAAACAAGAAGCUCGACGUUAAUGCCCCCGUUGAGAGAGAAUUGACCCUGCAGACGGAUAUGAUCACGGACUCGCUGGCACUGCACCACCCCACUGGUGCCGUGCAGGUGGAAUUCAAGCACACUGACGAGGUUGGAGGUAUAUGCAAAACCUGUGGCGGGGAGAAGCCACGAACGAAGGCAGCCCCGUCUGAUGCAAAGGGUGGACGCAGCAAUGCUUCGUCGGGGAUCAAAUUGGAGGCGCGUCAGGUUUCUUGGGAACAGGAACAAGACAACUUGUCCAAUAAUGUGUGCCCCAUCAAGAGCAGUUAUGUUUUUCACGAAGAUGGAAGUUCCUCAUCCACAAGUGCGAGCACCAAGGAAGGCGGCGAUUCCAAGAAAAAGGAGAAAUCGCGAUCAUCUGAGGUCGAAAAAAUGCCAGGCAGUGGAAAUAAAGAUGAGCGCCAAGAACGCCUCGAGCGGAUUGCAAAACAACACGAAGAACGCAAUAACACGGGCACAUCUGCACAGCCCACCCCAGAGCCGCAAAAAGUGGUUUGCCACUGCCCACCACAGUCCGAAUCGAAGUUCAAACGCCGUACCACAACUACGAUCUGUGGGCUUUUCGAUAUGUCGAUUAAUGAGCCGAACGUUGGCAGUUUAGAUGACGAACGAUGUUUGCUGGACCUGGUUCUAGACAGCAUUCCGAUGGUGUUCCGCGACUGUGGCGGUGAUACGACCGACAAAACCCUUCUGGGCGGCCGCUACUCCAUGAUGCGCUACAAUCUUAUGGAUCUUAUGCCCUCUUCGAACCCCCUUCUGAUGGACUCUGCCGAAGCAUCGGGAUUUUCAUUCCUACAACGACUUAUUCAUGACGAAGAAUGCUACUCGCAACUGAAGAACUUUUUGACAAAGGAGGAGAAUACUGGUGGAAAAGAACUUGUGGAGUUUUGUGACGCUGUGAAGAAGUAUGAACGCUCGUCUGUCCCUACGGAUCGCUUGGGCCAGGCCACUGUCAUUUACUGGGAAUUCCUAACAGUUGAAGGAGGGAAGAAGCUCAUUUUCCCAACUGCAAUCGUAUCGGACAUUCAAGAGCAGAUUCACAAAGCCCAGUCCGCCCUGAGAGCAGCAGCGGCAGUAACUGGUGAGGAUCCUUCAGCGCCAAAGUUCUGUCUUCCAGGCUCGCUUUUCCAGCACGCUAUGGCAUUUGUUGAGUAUGAAGGAUUCGAGAAGUCGGGCUUGCUGGACAAGUACGUUGCAGCGCUGGACCAACCUGCGACAUCAUCAUCAACAGCAGGCUCUACCAGUGCAAGCAACGGUAAAAGCAGCUCAAGCACACCGUCCAUUCCACCCCAGCUUGCGCUUUUCGACUCAUUUUCAAUCAUGGAAGUGAAUGCGCGUGUAUCCCACCUGGCUCUGCAGAAACGAAAUUCGGACGAGCAAUUGGUGAAAAUGACAAAGCCGGGUGUGACUGCUGAGCGUUUGAUGGAUGUGUCAAACAGCAGCCUAAAGGAUAGCCGUGUUAGCGCGCUUGACAUUUGUCGGCUGUUCUUGUCACAAGCGGGUCUGUUACCAUCCCCCGACGGUGAUUCGAAGAAGAAAUCGACUUUGAAAUUGCUGGAGCAUGGACCAAAACUAGAGCGGUCGUUGAGGCACCUGGAUAAGAGUCCGACGCGCGAAACCAUGAAGAUUGGCGUGAUUUAUGUGGGCAAGAGGCAACAUACUCAGCAAGAAAUCCUCCACAACGAGAAGGGAAGUCGCGCUUACGAAUCGUUUUUGUCGCAACUUGGCUGGAAGGUUGAUAUGCAGACGCAUCGUGGCUUUGUGGGUGGUUUGGACACAAACCCCAAAAGCCUCUCGAACGGAAAGACGACGCUUUAUUACGCUACCUCGCACAGCGAGGUGAUGUUCCACGUGGUCACCAUGAUGCCCACAAAGGCGUCAGACCCGCAGCAGAUCGACAAAAAGCGGCACGUGGGCAAUGACUACGUGCACAUUGUCUGGAGCGACAACGCAGCCCAAGCCUAUGACCCGUCAACAAUUACGAGCCACUUCAAUGACGUGCAGAUUGUGAUUUACCCACUUCGAAAGGCGCAACGUGGGCUCUACUUGAUCAAGAUCCACACCAAGGAUAAGGUGCCACCUUUCGGGCCGCUGCAGUCAGGCAUGGUGGUCCACCAGUCUGACCUUGCACGGCUUGUGCGGCAAACAGCUAUGAACGCGAACCGGGUGUGCCGCUCACAGACAAUGCUGUAUGUGCGGCCGUAUCCGACGCGAAAGAAAUUAGUAGACGAAAUUGUCGAACGGUAUGCGGUCGAGUACAAGGAAAGUCAACUGCUCACGAUGCUGUUCGGUAAUUCCGCGUCGACGUCUGCUUCCAUCCCGACACCGUCGGCUGGCACUGAUUAG